UGCUUGGAGCAGAGAACACACAUGGAGGAGGCCCGCCGUGCUUCUGCCCCGCCCUCUUGCUCUGCUGUACUUCUUAUUGGUUCAUCUGGCGACCAGCCCCCCCCCCUUUUUUUUCCUUGCCUUCUACACACAAACAUUCCUGCACUCACUCCUCCUGCCUUGCUGUACUCCACGGUUGUUUUCUAGGAAGUCUGAGAGUGCCCAAGGCAGAGCUGCCGUUUCAUCUGGCGUAAUGGACCUAGUGGACGUAGUAGUUCGCUUCAGCACGGAGCAGUGGCCUAUGCUUGCAGCUUGUUCAUUCUUAGUCUAAUUUCUCAAUCUGUGGGAAUACAGCGUGACGUUUCCCUUUCAUUUAACUGAAGUGCUCUUUUAUUUCAUAAGGAAUUUGCUACAGUUUUAACUGGUGCAUUUAACCAUGUUUAUUUUGGUUAGCUGGUUUGGAGUCUUCUGGAGGGACAGCUUCCUCACGCACUCAAGUUUGGUUUCUUUAAUCUGUGAUUGAUACAGGUGCAGUGUUCGCACAUGGAUAUUUCAGACUGACUUAAGUUGGAUUCGCUGUAUCCAACAUUUUGAGAAUACGGACUGCUACAGUGUAUUCUCAGAGGAGCCACCUACAAGCAUUUUAAACAGUUGCUCAUAUCGUCCUUUUGAAAGGAUUACGAGUGGAAGCCUGCGGAAGUGUUUCUGAAAUUUGAUGGAGAAAAGCACUAUGCUCAUGAAACAACAGCUGAGGGAAAUGUUCCCAUUUAGAGUGUGUCUUGCAUUAUGUCCCAGUGAAAUAUGAACACUUGGAGAAUUAACUGAGUGUGUUUUCUCACACGCUAUUUCAAAUCUCUCAUGCAGACAUGCUCAGCUCAUAGCUUGGGGAAAGAUUUGGUGGCAGAGCUCUCCCUGUGAGUCGCUGAGUUUGAGGCAACGAUAUCUGCUUUGUUUAUGUACGAUGUGAGGUGUGUAUUUUCUUUUCACUUUAAAACAAGUUCCAAUAAACUACUGUGGAGCAGCAGGGGACUGCUUGCCCUGGCCAAGCGAUGAUGAAUGGCAUUUAGGCAGAGAGUGGAGGUUGCCCUCGGUCAGCUGAGAGCUAGACUGUGCUCAUGAGGCUGGGGCUUCAUUCAUCAACCAGAAGGAGUUCUACUCCAGGAAGAGACACCUCUGACCCUGCCAAAAGCAGUCUGCAUGGAGACUGAGACUGACUCACUGUCUGACUGGGAGUCGAUACUGGACCCUGAAGGACACCAGUAUCUUUGGACUCACUGGGAAUGGGAGUUUGAGAGAGUUCCUGCAGUCCUGAGCCCCACAUACAAGCAGCGCAAUGAGGACUUCAGGAAGCUCUUCAAGCAGCUGCCCGACUCAGAGCGCCUCAUUGUGGAUUACUCAUGUGCCCUGCAGAAAGAUAUCCUUCUCCAGGGUCGCCUCUACCUCUCUGAAAACUGGAUCUGUUUCUAUAGCAACAUCUUCCGCUGGGAAACACUGCUAACAGUGCGGCUGAAGGAUGUCUGUUCCAUGACGAAGGAGAAAACAGCACGCCUCAUCCCCAAUGCCAUCCAGCUCUGCACAGACAGCGAAAAGCACUUCUUUACCUCAUUCGGCGCACGGGACCGGACAUACAUGAUGAUGUUCCGCCUGUGGCAGAACGCACUCCUGGACAAGCCGCUGUGCCCGAAAGAGCUCUGGCACUUUGUCCACCAGUGCUACGGGAAUGAGUUGGGCUUGACGAGUGAUGAUGAGGAUUAUGUGCCUCCGGAUGACGACUUCAACACCAUGGGAUACUGUGAGGAGAUGCCGGCCGAAGACAAUGAGGUGAAUGAUUCCUGCCCCAAGAGCUCCGAGGCCAAGGCAGAUGGCAGCCCCCAGCCACCACUGAAGUCCUUCACCAGCAAUAACAUCCCAUCCAUGGGCAUCAGCGGAAUACCAGACAAAGCCGAUCACUACAACGAGCCCCCUGAGGAGGAAUUUGCUGGCACGCUUCCUGAGGAUCUCCUUGCCCUGCCCCUGCCAGACAGCAAGCUGUCUGAGUCCAGCCCCCUGGUGCCCUCAGACUCCAUCGACUUCAAUGACAACGAGGAUGUCCCCACCGAGCUCAGCGACUCGUCGGAAACGCAUGAUGAGGGAGAAGUCCAAGCGUUCCACGAGGAUCUGAGCGGGAAGCAGUACAUCAAUGAGGUCUACAAGCUCAGCGUGGACAAGCUGCAUGAGCUGCUCUUCGCCGAGUCGCAGUUCAUGAGGGACUUCCUGGAGCUGCGGCGCUUCUCUGACGUGGUUUAUCGGCCCUGGAAGAGGGAGGAGUCCGGGAACCAGACCAGGGAGAUCAUGUACACCAUCACCCUCUCAAACCCUCUGGCUCCAAAGACCGCUACAGUCACGGAAACCCAGACACUGUACAAGGCCAGUCAGGAGAGGGAGUGCUACAUCAUCGACGCAGAGGUGAUCACUCACGACGUGCCCUACCAUGACUAUUUCUACACGCUGAACCGCUACAUGCUCACCCGCGUGGCCAAGAACAAGUGCAGACUCAGGGUGUCCACUGAGCUGUGCUACAGGAAGCAGCCGUGGGGGCUGGUCAAGGGCUUCAUCGAGAGAAACUUCUGGAGCGGCCUGGAUGAAUAUUUUAGACAUUUAGAGCUGGAGCUGGCUAAGGCGGAGACAGCUCUAACGGAGCCACAUAGGCAGUCCCCGAAAGCCAAAGGCAUGCGUUCGGCCCCGGUACGGCGGCGGAAGAGACCUACCGUGCACCUGAGGCCCCAGCACCUGGACGAGGCCCUGAGCCCUGUCACCACCCCCGAGGAUGAGGAGGGGGUCAUCCACCGUAUCAAACACGUGGCAGGAUCCACCCAGACACGGCAUCUGCCUGACCCUGGCUCCGGUGGCCUUUCCCUGUACAGUGUAUCCAGGCUGCUGGUCAUAAGCAGCUUCGUGAUCUGUGUAAGCCUGGUGUUGCUGGUUUUCCUGAACAUGAUGCUGUUCUAUAAGCUGUGGAUGCUGGAAUAUACCACUCAGAACUUAGCAUCACUGCAAGGCCCCAGACCUGGUGAGAGUAAACUACCACAAACCCAGAUAGAAUGGGCUCAGCUUCUGGAGUCACAACAGCGUUACCAUGACAAAGAACUGGAGAAGUGGCGGGAGAUAAUCAAGUCAUCUGUACUGUUGUUAGAUGAGAUGAGAGACUCUUUAAUGAACCUCCAGAAGGGAAUCGGCAUUAGAGACUACAGCUCCAAGGCAGAGGAGAAAAGAAGUCGCUACCAUUGACGUACACUGAUUUCCACCGAACGGACACCUCAUGCAGUAGGAAUCAGAGUGCCCACGUUCCCAUUAAAGAGCUGAGCAGGGCUUGGAUGUGAUGGGCGGGGUUUGGAUGUGAUGGGCAGGGCUGGGCGGGGCUGCGGUGGGCAGAGUCUCCUCUAACAGCACUGACUCCGGACCAGUAGGAGGAACCUCAGUAGGAGGAACCUCAGUGCUGAGGAACCUCAGCAGAGCUGUGACUGGCCUGCCUCCCCACACAUCCCUACUUCUCCUUUGUGCUCCUUCCUUCUCAUCUCUGUAAUGAUCAGCUGUGGCCUGAUAAGCUGACUGGAUAGAGGGAGAUGACAACUGCAUGCAGUUUGUCCCUCAUGUGAAAAUCUUUUACUAUCAAUCAUGAUUUAUAACCCUACUAAUCCUUCUAUAACGCUGAAAAAAAAGAGCUGUUUCCGAUUCAUUCAGGAUUGGUUGGUUGGUAAACGCACACAUAGCCACAUCCCAGCUGCAGAAUCCCCUUUCCUAAGCCUCUUGGAAUCUGGGACCAGGUUAAAAUACCGACCUAUAAUCUUUAAGUGUUACUUGGAAACAUGCACAUUUAUCGAUAUAAAUAAGAGAAUGUGGAAUCAAAGUAUAUUAAAGAAAUACACAUGAAGAUAUAUAAUUUAUAUGUAGAGUUAUAUUUGUUGCCAGAGCUAAUUUUUACCAGGCUUCCAUGGAAAAUUGGGGCUGGUACCCCAAUAGCUUGUGCCAUGGUGCUAAUUAUGCAUAUACAUUCAUUUUAUGAGUACAGUUUUUGUCCAUUUUUUCUCAGCCUAUAUGUAUAGUAGCUACUUUGCUUAGUGGGACAUUGUCUCCCCUAGUAAAAGGGAAAGGCCAGGUAGAGCAGUGAAAGCAGAACAUGUCCAUUAUCUUCCUCAAACUAUUCUCUAUGGAAUUUUGCACAGGAUGUGUUCCCUGGUGCAGAGGACAACUCAGACCAAUCGCACUCAUUUUGUCACUUCUAUUUUUUUCCCCUGUAUAUCAGUUGAUGUUUCUUUCUUUUUGUGUUUUUAAACAGUAUGCACCAAGCCUCUAGGCGAUUCACGAUUUUGCAUUGCCAAUUAUUAGAUGUCUCUGUUUUUAUUUUUUCAGUAUUCUGGGGUUUUAAUGUUUUGUUGUUGUUGUUGUUGUUGUUAUAACCAUGAAAAAUGUCAGUGGAUGCCAUGGCUCUUUGUCUGAGCCAGUGACUGAAACAAAUGCUUAACUGUGACUCAGUGCUACCAGUAUUUUGAAUUUUUUUAUUUAUUUUUUGAUAGAACAUUCUGGAAGGAGCAUGCUGUGAAGUUGCGCCUCACUUGUAGAGAAAGUUGUACACAUGACUAAACUGUGAAGAAGAAAAAAAAAAUGUGCUCAACAGUUAGGUCAAGAGAGCUUAAAUUGGCUGACUGCUCAGUAUUUUAGAUACAGAUUCUUGAAUCUAAACAGGUUGUUUAUUUCUAGUGUUAGAAACAUGAAACAUGAGCUUUAAGGUUAAAGGAAUACUCCAGCAUUUUGAGUCUAAGUUCUAUCUAGCACAUUUGAAGCAUGGGGCUGAUAAUCACUGAGAACAGCUGAGACACCUUUCACUGAAAGGAUUUUUCUGUUCUUUUCCAAGGAGAGGGAAACUUGUUAAAAUAUAUCUAAUAUUUGGUAAAAGACUAUGCUACAGGUGUGGGAAUUUGGGAAAGAUGCUGUAGUAUUCCUUUAAAAAGACUGUUUCUUUAGUGACCCCUCUUUGUGCUGCAAGCAGGCAUGAUUGAGACCUCUUAACCACUGUAUAAGUACCUUCCCAUUUCAAUACCCAAUCAUAAGACAUUGCCAAACAGCCUUUAGGCUGCUAUGAACAUAACCUUAUACUCAAUUUAUUUAUCCAGCCUAUAGGAUCAGAUUCCAUUUAGUAAUUAGUUAUACUACCACAGUCUGAUCAGUAUUCUAGUUUCAGUGUAUUAUUAAUGGACACCAGUAGUGUUCAUUUUGCUAGAUCCAUUUUCAUCAUUUCCAGUGGUCUUGCCCUCUGUGACUGUUUUGUUUUCUUUCUUUGAGUUCUCAUUUGUAAGUCCUGAGCCUUAUUUAUUCAUUAGCAUAUUUGACCAACUAUGACUUUCAAACUUUCUGAUUUGUUGUGAAGUGACGAGUGCUCACAAAGUCUAUGUAGUAAUGCAUCAUUUUCAUGGCUUGCAAAUAGAGUGGACAGUGGGAAACUUCCUGUACAGUGAAAGGUGGCCUGGGGAUAAUGUGAUGGCUGCUUUCCUGCCCAUUCAGCAGGACACACAUCUUCAUCAUACGCUUCUCAGAAAGAAACGAGUAGAACAGCAGCACACCAUGACAAUUCAGCUUAACCCCUGCUUGUCCAUGGCCAUUAUAUGUGGUGUGAUUUGGAAACAUGGAAGACUUUAACUUUUUUGCAAUAACUACAGAUGUUUGUCUCAUUUGUUAGUACAAAUCUUUGAAACCAAUAUGCAAUUGCAUUAAUAGGCAAUUCCUGGUCUUUUUUAGUGAUGAGAGGAAUUUAAAAAAAAUAGCAGUAGGGACGCAUAAAAGCCAGUGGUCAGAGUUCAUCCACCACCAACCUUCGUACAAACCACACUCCUGCGCACAUCUGUCUUCUAUUCUUUCCAUGCGAAUGUACUUCCUGGAUUCAGGACUAGCCUUAAUUAAAACCAGUUUCCAGUGACAUCGGGAACACCUGAGGUGGCAGAGGUCACAAAUGCAUAUGAUGUCAAGCUUGUGGAAGCCAGAGUGUCUCAUCGCUUGGCACAGUCCUCUGGAGCUUUACUAAACUUUACCACAAAGCGACUGAUAAAGGAUGCAGUUGGCAUUUUUAAAUUAUUAUUUACAAAUCAGG